GCGCUCUCUUUUGAUUGUCGGCUUUUAAAUUACAGAAUAUUGGCUAGUGAUGGAUGUAAUAACAUGGCUCUUUCUGUUUUGCUUCUAUGUGCUGAAUGCUGUACAGACUGAAGUGAAGAAAGUGAGAGGGAGAGCAGGAAAGACUGUUACUCUACACUCAAAUAUUACUGAAGUGCAGAGUGAUAUAAUGUGGUCAUUUCCUUUUGGCACUUCUUCAUCCAAAGUGAUAGCCCAGCUCUUUAACAAAGAGAAUGUAAAAUACUACGGCCAAAGAUUCAAAGACAGACUGCAGCUGGACACACAGACCGGAUCUCUUACCAUAAAAAACCUCAACACCUAUGAUUCUGGAGGUUACCAGCUACAGAUUGCCAGCAAUGAGGAACUGUCUACAACAUUUAUAGUAAUGGUCUACGGCAGUGCCGAAGGCUGUAGACCUUCCCCUGAACUGAAAGCAAGGACUUUUAACUGUCUGAGCCAUUCAGGUCUCGUCUCCAAGCCUGAGAUCAGACCCCUCAACACCGAUGAGUCCGAUUUCAGAGAUUUCCCCUAUAACAAUUCCUGCUCAGUGCUGUGCUCUGUGGAGAACGGGAGAGAGGUCACCCUGUCAUGGCAGAAAGAGGGGGAGACACUGUCCCACACCAGCAGCCCUGAUCCCAACACCCUGUCUCUCCCUCUGGAGAUAGAAGAGUACAGCUCCACCUACAGCUGUGCGGCUGCUAACCCAGUCAGUAACCAGAGUCUGGAUCUCAACACUGAGGAGUUCUGUCCCCAGAAUGCAGGUAUGAAGACUUUGCCCCAGCAUGCUUAG